CAACAGAUUGCUUCUAUUGAGAGAUGCUGUAGUUUCGAACGAACGAAAAAAAAAGUUUUUUUUCUUAUUUUUUGAAUGGUUCCAAGAAGUGAAAUUCAUCAUAAAUUUUGCAUACUUAAUUCGCAAUAAAUUGGUUAUUUAUGUUAAAUUGGAUUUCUACAAACGAUGUUGAAUCAACUGGUGGUUUUAUAAAAAGUUAUCAAAUUCAGAUCGAAUAAACGUUGCAUUCAUUUUGUUUGAAAUUAGUGAAUUAGUUUUCGAAAAAGUUCUUUUUACGGGAGUAAAAAUGAAGUUGCCAACAGUAACCGAUUGUUGCUGUUGCAUGACUUUGCGAACAGCAGGCUUGAUAAUGGGGGCAAUUGGUGUUAUUAUGAGUGCGUUGGGCGUUUUGAGUGGCUAUGCUGUGGUGUUGAAUUUAAUCGCUCUGAUUGUCAAUUCGUGUUGGGCUUAUGGUGUGCUCAAGGAAAAUCCAAAAUUGAUGGUGCCGUGGUUGCUUGUGUCAUUCAUUGCUAUCGUACUAUUGUUCCUGUCGCCAAUCUUUCUAAUCAUCUAUUUCUACACCGAAGAAACCGAUGAUAAAAAAGCAAACAAUAGAUUGGCAUACAUUUGCACGUCCGGUUCGUUGAUUGCCUAUUGCAUUGGAGUUCUUGCCUCAUAUCUCUGGAUUGUGAAAUAUUCGCUGUAUAAAACAAUGAAGGCCGCAACAGUUCGUGGGGGUAAUUUGCACGUGCAAGUCCAUUUACCCAAAAAUGGUGUCUGAAAUCAGUACGAUAGUGUCUAUUUAUGAAUAAAUCAAAGCUCAAAAUAUAGCCAAAUAAACAAAUUACGCUUAGAAUAGAG